ACGCUGCCACACGACGAACGGCGCACCUAGUAUGCCCACAUUUGGGGUCACAACAAACGCCUUGUACUGGUAAAAAGUGGUAAAAAAAUUAAGGAAAUGCAGCAGCAGUGGCGGUAAUUGUGGAUGCACCCAGUAAGAGCAAUAGCCAUGGCCUCGCACUACCCGCACCCGCAGCCCGAUCCGGGCCUCAAGUCCGAGACGCAGCCGGCGGGCGGUAAGUUGGACGCCCUGGAUUCCAUUGACGCAGACCGCAUAUGCCGCGUUUGCCUUAAGGACGCUUCACAGGACGGAGAGCUGCACUUCAUCUUCGCAGACGGGCCAUUGGAGCUGGGCGCCAACUUGGCGCGUAUCCUGGACGAGUGUACGCUGCAUCCGUGCGAACGACAAGACGGAAUGCCGUCGAACAUGUGCGGUUCUUGCGUAGAGGCAGCCCGUCACGCCUACCGCUUCAAGCGCAAUGCCGAGCGCUCCUACUGCUCCCUGGUGGCGCUGCUCGGCCGCUCCCCGCAGUUAAAGCCAAAUGGCGCCGAGGCGGCCACUCAGACCGAGCAGGUGGCCCUGCUGCCCUGCGAGAUGUGCCACGACCAGUUCCUUAACAGCCUGGAGCUGCGCCUGCACCGCAACCGGGUGCACCGAACGACGAAAGAGGGCACUGAAGGCAACGACGGCGCUGGCGAGGAAUUCAAAUGCAAGUUCUGUCCGCAGCACUUUCCGCAUCUCCGCCAGCUACGCAGCCACUUGGCCCGCAGCCACGAGCAGACCGCUCGCCUUCAGUGCGGCUACUGUCAGCGCACCUUCAGUCGGCGGGACCACCUGCUGCGGCAUAUGCGCAACCAGCACCGACACCUAGAAGACGACCUCUUCCGCACUUGGCCGCCGGCGGACGAGACGACCAUGCAAAGCUCCGCGGGCGAUGAGCUAGUCUCUGCUGAAGUGCUGCUCAACGAGAAGGAAGACGACCACGACGAGGGCGACAUCUUUCAAUGCAACACGAAUCCCAUUUCCAGCAACGACGACGAAGACGACGAUGAGGAUAACGUAGAGGCUAAGCAAACACUGUGGCUGCACAUCAAGCCGGAGCCCUGUCUAGAGGCCGAGGAAGUAAGCCUGGCCACGCAACUAAAGCUGGAGAAGAAGCGGCGGCGGCGGGAGAAGGUGGAGCCGCGUGUAGCGAGCUCCAGUGAUUCGCAGGUGAAACGUGAGCCCCUAGCCGUUGGUGACUCCCAACUAAGCAUCAAGCAGGAAAGCCAGCUGGUUGGCAGCGAAGACGAGGCACCCAUGGGUGUGGAGGAGUUUAUGGCAAUGCAUGCCACGAGGGAACUGCCGUUCAGCGAUGAGGACCAAUUCGGUGACUAUGGCGACGACGAAAGUGCCCUGGAGGAUGACGACGAGGAGGAUGAGGAAGACGAUGAGGAUGGAGAUGCUGACGAUGGGGACUUCAAGCUGAAGGUGGAGCCGCUGGACGGUGAGCAGCCGCCAAAGAAGUCCAAGUCUGGCAGGCGGCGCCGCCGUAACAAGGGCGAACCCAAUCCGGAGAAUCGGUGUGAUGUAUGCCAGCGUACCUUCUCGCGCCACUGCCACCUGCUGCGCCACAAACUGUCCCACCUGGAGAAGAAACCCCACAACUGCCCGCACUGUCCCAAAGCGUUCGCGCGCAGCGACCACCUCAAGGCGCAUGUCCAGAGUCUGCAUAGCAAUAAGGAGCACAAAUGCGGCCUUUGCGAGGCGGCCUUCUCUCGCCUGGACGCUCUGGAGCGGCACAAGGUUAGCAAGCACAACGGCGAGGGCCUUGAGCCGGGGAGUGAGCUCAAGCUGCAGCUGGCCGAGCACACCUGCGAGUACUGCUCCAAGCGCUUCUCCAGCAAAACGUAUUUGCGGAAGCAUACCUUGCUGCACACCGAUUUCCUCUACGCCUGCAAGAGCUGCGAGGAGACAUUCCGUGAGCGCGCCCAGCUGAGGGAGCACGAGAAGACGCACACCGGACAACGCAACUUCCUCUGCUGCAUCUGUGGCGAUAGCUUUGCCCGUAACGACUACCUCCGCGUCCAUAUGAGGCGCCACAACGGCGAGAAGCCCUACAAGUGCCGCUACUGUGUCAAGGCUUUUCCCCGGGCCACCGAUCUCAAGGUCCACGAGCGGUACCACACAAACACGAAACCGAACCUGUGCAAUACCUGCGGAAAGAGCUUUCACCGGGCCUACAACCUGACCAUUCAUAUGCGCACCCACACCGGGGAGCGACCGUACAAAUGCGACCAGUGCCCCAAGAGCUUCACGCAAAGCAACGACCUCAAGGCGCACAUCCGCCGUCACACGGGCGAGCGGUACAAGUGUCCGCACUGUGAUGCCUACUUUCUGCAGCUGUACAACAUGCGCAACCACUGCCUGAGUGCCCACAACAAGCACAUUGAGACGAAGACGGGACGGCUGCAGAGGACAGGUCUGUUGGACGAUGGCGGCCAGUCGCAUCUCACAACCGUUGUGAUGCCGCCGUCACAGCUGGCAACGGCAGCGGCUGCUGGUACGGAGUGCACAUCCUCGUCCACUGUCAUCCACUCCCCGGAAGCAUACAGCAGCAAUGCGACAUCCGCUGGGCUGGCUCCGACAGCAGCAGCAGUAGCGGGAGCAGGAGCAGCGUCCAAUACUCUCGAUGGAGCCAGCUUUGCACCGACUCCGGUCAAUUCGGCGGCAGCAUCCUUUGGGGCUUUUAACUUUCCGCCCGCCGUAAUGGCGCAUCUCAUGUACAACCAUGUCGGCAGCAGCCAACACAGCCAGAGUGGCAGCGACACGGGCAAAUAGCCAUUGCCUUGGCUCCGCAUCCUGCCCCCGAACACAAACAAAACUAUUCCAGUGUAGUUAUAAGCCCUGUACAUAGCCGGCGGAAUAGCUGGUCAAUCGAAGCGUACAUCACAAACGCAGGCAGUGGGCAAUUGCCUAACUGACUGCCCAUUUUACCGUGUUAAUAUUGUAUUUAGUAAUAGUCGAAUAGGCACUGUGGUGUGAACAUUUUUAUAAUUCUUACGUGAACGCGUAUGUAUAGUAAUGUAGAAGCUACCCCAAUCCCCAAUCCUCCUCUCUUAUUGUUUAUAUAAACAAUUAAAAUAUAUUGAAGCAUUGGAAGUGUAAUUGAACAA